UUGCGUGACAUUGCAGAAACGAAACUCUUUCGCAAGCCUUGCUAGGAAACGAAACCUACGCCUAACUGAGAGCUUUUUUUUUUUGCACACGCUAUUGAGGACGGGUGUAAGGAUCUUAAUGCUCGAAAUCUUCUCACACUGCCGAAGCUCACAAAAGAAGAUGGUUUCGGUGCUGCUUAAUGCUCUUGUGCUGAUGUCGGUGUUGGGCCUAACUGGGGCAAGAUAUCGAAUAACGCCACCAGGCCCCUCCACCUUAAACCUGUGUGGUCAGAUGUUUACAGUGACAAAUGGAGGGGAACUCACCAUGUACACAGAUCCGAUCGCUCAAUCACCCUCCCGUUCCCCCUACUCCUCUCCAUCUCCAUCCUCCACCUCAUAUCCCUACACCAGCCCCUCUCCCUCGCCCUCUUCCUCUCCUCUGACUGUGUGUCUGCGUUACAUGGCCGAGGAGGGAGAAGACUUGACUUUCUUCAGCCUCACUCAGGGGAACAACUGGAACCUUUUACUGAAAAGGUAUUAUUGGGGGAUGGACCACCUCUCCAUCGAUUCCUCCCAGGACUUUAGCUCCUAUAAGCUGUUCAGGGCUGUCAGAGAGGCACACCCCUGGACCAGCCUGUGUGUUACCUGGGAGAAAAAGACAGGCAUGGCCCAGGUGUGGAGAGGCGGGACAGUCAGCGUCAGGAAGAGGGUGUUUGGCCAGGUGACCAAUGGGCCUCCUGUCUUGAAAGUGUUUAAGUUUGAGGGGCAGGUAACUGACGUGGAAGUGUGGGACAGAGUCCUCUCCCCAAGCUGGAUACUGGCCUACAUGUCUGGGUGGCAGUCCUACUGGUCCUACACCCCUGGUAAUGUGCUGACCUGGUCCAAGGCCAUCUACUCCACCAAUGGUGAGGUUCUCCUGGAGAGAAACACCUACAACUCUGACCAUCAGCCUAUCAGUGGCCACGACCAGCGCCCAGGACCAAUUAAAAGGAAGACAAAGACAAAGAGAAAGUUUGAAUGGAGGAAGAGUGAGAAUGCAGAGCAGAGACAGAGGGCAUGGCUGUAGGGGAGAGUAUUGAUUGCCAUGUGAAUCUUGGUGGGUCAAAAAAUAACAAAAGUGGGAUGCAUGCCAGCAAAUCCACAACACUAAACAAUACAUUAAUUGCGCUAUAACAGUGACAAACGGUGCCCACAAACGGCCUACAUAAGUGGAUCAGAGGCAAUCCGUAAUUUUGACGAAGACAAUAGCGAGCUAGGACAGAUGAGGUCAAUGUAACUAUUUGUUUAGAACUUUUGAAAUGUACAGCGACAGAAUUCAGAACAUGGUCCGUUAUUACAGUGUACUCCCUGUACACCAAGUCAGAACCACAGGAAAGAUAAAGGGGGCAUAGAAGCAGACAAUGAAAGCUCUUACAAUAGUCAAUGAUUACAUUUCUCUAAAACAGGUUAUAGACUACAUGUGCACCACCAAGUCAGAACAGUAGGUGAAAUUAAGAGGGGUAAAUAGACCAAAUUAUUAGAGUGAGGUACAUGGGCUACUAACAUCUUACUACACAACAUACACUAAGUAUUACUUUCUUAGCUACAGUGUACAUAUCUCCCUGGUAUAUUACAUCAUUUAUGCAGCAGCAAACAAUACAUUUUUGGACUCACCUUGUUAUGCUGUUUUCACGGCGGGUCUUUGUUGGCAAAUUUGGUCAUUUAUGGUCCUUUCAAAACAACUGGGAACUUGGGGAAAAAAACAAGGUCGAAUCAUGAGAACGUCAUUGACCUUCAUGUCGUAGCUCUAGAAAGAGGCUGGAUUUACAAUUCCGAGUUGGAUGACUGUUCAAACGGUAUUUUCCCAGUCCGAUCUCCUUUAUUCCCCACUUCCCAGUUGUCAUGAACUCACUGAAGUCAAAGUUUUUCGCGGCGCAUCGCUCUGUAUUUUCUGCCGGCUUGCCCCACCACCACAGAAAGCACUGAGCGAGGCUGAAACACCUGCAUUUUGGAAACUGCUAUGUGACUCGUAUGAAUGCCAAAAUAACAUGCAAACCAGGCAAGCCUGUAUAUAUAUAUUUUUGGGGGCUAAAAAUGUGGGGCUCAAAACGGCCCCACCUGCCCUGAAUGACAGGUCGCCACUGAUUGCCACUAACCCUUACUUUAGAUUAGAAUAUGUACUUAUUGAUGCUCCUUGGUUGAUACUUGUGAAUCACUUAAUGACUGCAUUAAAAGAUAAUUAGCCUACAGUAUAGGCGACAUAGGCCUGUAUAAUUCAAUAAUAUUUAAAUAGAUGUCACGUUCAUUCAAUUGAGUUCUAUUUUGCUAAUUGUAUGCUACCGUCUGUCAUUUUGCCUCAAUAUUUUUCACGGUGUGUAUCAACAUGUGCGCAAAUCUUGAUUUAUUGCAUUAUAGGGUAAGCAUUAGAAUAACCCGACUCAAUAGUUGCUGCCAUAAGUGAUGAUAUCUUUUUAGUAGCUGAUCCGUCAUCAGUAUUGUGGAAUCAUUCUAAUGUUAAUUAAGGUAAGAUUUCAAUGGAGAAAGAUCAUCCAACCUCCCGAGAGCAGCGCUGUCUCUUUCGAUCCAAUCAGUAUCGGCACAUGCCUCAACGACACACUUAGCGAACGUUCUCUUUGCGUGAAUGUUUUGGGAAGCGCACGUUACAUCUUCGGCUGAUGGAGGAGAAAUGCAUUGUUAAAACACUCCUAAGCAUAAAUUCCAUCGCGAUCCUGAAACUGGGCCCUGGAUCUGCGACAUUACAAAAUGAUGAUUCUAAUUGAUUUCCCAUGUCUGUCCUUGAUGGGAGUCAAAUUAAGUCCUAAUCUGGCUGAUGAUUGAAAUGAUUGUUAAGAGUUAAAUAACAGCUACAUGAUUGAAAUGAUUGUUCAAAUUAAGUGCGUGGCAAAUUAAAAGCAAUUGAUGUGAAACAA